AUUCGAGCUCGGAGACAAUAAUAACAGUGGUCGGGGGAUAAUUCAGCCAUCUGAGACGAAGGAGAUUGUCGUCCUGAGCGCAGCAUGUCUCUCUCGAAACAGAUACUGAAGCCCGCCUUGUUGGCCAAGCGAGCUUUUGCCGCGUCCCAGAUCAUCCCCAAUCGUACGAUCGUUCACAGAUACAAUGACAAUGUCUACCAUGUAUCCGGAACGAGGACCGACAAGAGCAAAUACGGAGGCCGUUACAUGGUCACCGCUCUGCCAGGCGACGGAAUCGGGCCCGAACUGAUCGGAUACGUCAAAGAAGUCUUCCGAUACGGCGGAGUUCCCGUUGAUUUUGAGGAAGUGCACUUAGACUCAUCAAGAGACGACGUGGAUCUCCUGGAACAAGCUAUCACGGCGGUGAAACGGAACGGAGUCGCUAUAAAAGGCAACAUCGAAACCCGCCACAAUGAUCCGAAUUGCAAAUCCAGGAACGUCGAGCUGCGUCUCCGGUUGGGCCUCUUCGCUAACAUUGUGCACGUCACCUCUCAACCUGGCAUCGAAACUCGACACCAGGACAUCGAUAUCGUUCUGAUCCGUCAGAAUACAGAGGGAGAGUAUUCGAGCGAGGAGCAUACAUCGAUCAAGGGGGUGGUGGAAUCUCUCAAAGUGAUCACCAAGACGAGAAGUGACGAAAUCGCUCGUUACGCCUUCGAGUGGGCGAAAAACAACGGUCGUAAGAAGGUCACCUGUGUUCACAAGGCCAACAUCAUGAAACUGUCGGACGGUUUGUUCCUGAGCCGUUGCACGGAGAUGGCCAAGGAGUAUCCGGAGCUGGAAUUCGACAACAUCAUCAUUGACAACUGUUCCAUGCAACUCGUGGCCAACCCCAACCAAUUCGAUGUUUUGCUCCUCCCGAAUUUGUACGGGAACAUUCUCACAAACUUGGCGUGCGGAAUCACCGGCGGGCCGGGAAUCGCGUCUGGACGGAAUUACGGCAAAGAUUAUGCAGUUUUCGAAACCGGGACGAGGAACACGGGCAAAUCGAUCGCAGGAAAGAACAUCGCCAACCCAAUCGCCAUGAUGAAUGCAGGAGUCGAUUUGCUCUAUCAUCUGGGUCUGACAGAUCAUGCGCAGGUCAUUGCUCGGGCUAUCGACAAAACCAUAAACGUCGACAAGCUGCACACGCCCGAUCUCGGCGGUCAAGCAACCACGACGGAAGUCGUGCAGAACAUUGUCAAGGAGGUUCAGAAACAUGCUUGAAAGAGUUCGAAUCUCCGGCCAAACUGAGCGAAACUCCGGAGCUCAUGAGACUCCAGAGCUGGAGCAAGAUUUGAUCGCCUUUUUGUGUGCGAGAGUGGUGGAGCCACACUCGAAUAUCUGGGAUCGUUCAUGUAGCCUUGCUCUGCACCUCUUGAGAACCUGGCCCUUUAGUUUAGGUGAAGCGAGACUCCUCUAGUCCAUUACUCGGGAAAGCGUUUCCUUUUUCGACUUAGAAUCAUUGAAAUUGGAUAUUCGGGACGAACCCCCAGCGCUCAAAGGUGAAAGUUCGCGCUACGGGAACCGUUGAAAUACUCCUUUAUCAAUAAAGCAGGGAGUGUGGAAGCACAUUCUUAACUUAUUCAA